CGCGACUCAGAAAGGAAGCACGUUCGGUUGUUGAGGCCUAUGGGAGAAGUGUAAUUUUUCCUAACACAACUUAUACGAACAAAAAAAUGGAUUUAGUUUUGCUAGUUUUUUGCCUCAUUGGUUUUUGCCGAUCUAUUCCGAAUCCUGGUGGUAUUCGAGUACAGCUUCCGGAUUCGCCAAUAACGAUAAAUAUGGAGCCUCAAAAUAUCAAUGUGGAGUCUCCAGUGUCAAGAAUAAAGCCACCAAAGGCAAGGUUCGAGGCACCGAAGACUGGAUUGGAACCAGUGAGAGCGAGACUGGAGCCACCUAAAGCUAGGAUGGAACCACCAAAAGCUAGGAUGCAACCACCUAAAGCUAGGAUAGAGUCACCAAAAGCUAGGAUAGAAUCCGGGAUAGAAUCACCAAACUCUGUAGUAGCUGGAAUAGACUCUUCCAGAUCUAAGCUGGAACUAGGAAAAACCACAUUUGAAUCAAAACAAGCAAUUAAUCCAGGUUGCAGGAACCUCCUUGAUGUUGUCGCCGUGGUGGACGGCUCUGAUAGUAUUACCUCCCCUGAUUUCCAAACCCUGAAGAGUUCCCUUGUGGACUUAAUGGAUGGACUACAACUGGCGGAGGACCAGGCGAGAUUUGGUGUCGUGUUGUAUAGCAGUGAUGUAGCUGCGGAAAUUCCUCUCAGCGCCGACAGACGCCAACUUAAAAGUAAAAUCCUGGGGCUACGGCACCCAAGAGAUGGGACAAGAACUGACUUAGGUAUAAAAUCACUCCGCAAGAUGUUCUCCCAGCAAGGCCGUCCCGGAGUUCCAAGGGUUGGCGUUGUCAUCACCGACGGAAUAUCCAAAAACCCCAGAGACACUGCCAAAGAGAGCGAGCUGGCCCGAUCUGAAGGCGUCAAGCUGUAUGCGGUCGGUGUGUCGGACCUUAUCGCGGAGAAUGAACUGAAGUCAAUUGCCUCAAAUGGAACCCGAGUUCUCUCUGUCACUAGCUUCGACCAACUCAAACUUGUGUUCUCUUCACUUGUCGUUCAAGUCUGCCCGACAACGACAACAACGACAACAACGACGACACCAGCACCUACCACUACCACUACCACCAAAACCACUACCACUUUACCACCCACCACCAAAAAGCCGAAAAAUCCAUGCGACAGUUGCAAAAUGUCAAAUGGCGCAGGGUUUACACGUCACCCGACGGACUGCUCCAAGUUUAUUCAGUGUUACUUCGGAAACAACGGACUGAAGAAGAUGUCGUACCAGGAAUGCCCGUGGGGAAACUUCUGGGAUCAAUCAUCCUUAACUUGCCAACCGGCACACAGGGUUAAAUGCCCGACCGACCGCUGUCUGGACCCGGAAGUGCUGACCUACGACCUCCCCGGAAGUUGUCGCUCUUUCUGGGCGUGUGAUGGCGGAGAGUCGAUCCCGAUGUGUUGUCCGUACGGCACGUCGUAUCAUUCCGGAAUUGGUUGUCUUCCGGACAACAAAUGCAAAGAUCCUUGUCCGCCUCGACCAACCCAACACCUUAAUCCGAGAGCCAUUAUGUCCGACAAAAUCGAUUCUAAAAUGAAUGCUCCACUUAGAGAAAUGUCACUUCCAGGUCUAAAACCCAAACUAAACAUCAAACCACGGAAACCAGUUUGCGACAAGAAGGCCGUCCGUGGAGACUCUAACAGCUUUGAGCAGUUCGUGGAGCGAUAUGGGUGGAUCAAGAUGCCGUGUGCCCCCGGGACACAGUACAGCCAGGCGGACUGUGAAUGUACUACCACGGUGCCUUACUCCUCCAACAAAACGGCGGAAUGUACGUCAAAACUGAAGCUGAACUUCUCAGACGGGUUUGAAGAUGAAAGAGACAAAAGACCGGUAUACAUUGUCAACAACAACGUGUCCUUUUCCGGGGGCGUUGCCAAAUUUUCCGGAAAAAGCCGUCUGCGCGUGCCCCAGCUGUCUAACGUUGAUUACGGAGAUUCCGUGAUGUUGAGAAUCCGUUUCCGAGAUUCCACCAACAGUUCCGGGCGACCUCAGGCGCUGAUCAGUAACGCUGAUUGUGGAAACAAUGCGUCCAUUCUUAUUGCCAAAGACAAAGACCGGAUCAUAUUUGGAGCACAUACCGAAAACGGGGGUUACAACCAGAUAGAACUACCAAAACCGAAAACUGAAUGGAAAAAUGUGAAAUACUCGUACAACCUCGGCCGUCUUCAGGGUUCCGUCAAUACAGACAAAGUCACUCGAUGGAUUCCGGGUGGAGGCAAAAUUCAGUCCAGACCCUGUGCUUUACAAAUAGGACAUGGCGAGAAUUUAGACGACUUCGAGGGAGACAUAGAUGAUUUGGAGAUUUUCACCCAGUGUAUGCCACCAGACGACAUGUACUUUGACGAGGAUUACGGCGGUGGAUUUUUAUAAACUCAUUUAAAUUCUACAAACAGGAAAUCGAAAUCCAAAUCUAAUGAAAGAAUUAAUGAAAAUAAAUAAAAAACCCACCCGGAACUUGUUGAAUUCGCAUCCCGAAGUCUUCAGCGCAUAAGCGGCCCUUCUCAACCCUCACUUUGCAUCAGUUUUGUACAAUUCAUUAUUUAUUGUAGGUAGUCGUCUGUAUGUAUUACACAAAUAAAAGAAGGUUGAUACUUCACUUGUUGUUUCUGUUUUUAUUUUUGAAUAAUUUUUUGAUUUAUCUGAAGUUAUGCCCUGAAAGUUUUCAGGUAAUGGGACGUUUUCGCCGACGUUAUUAUUUGAGCCAAAACUUCUCGAUGUGAUGUAUAUCAACAAAAGCUUGUAACAGGCACCUGGCCUUACAUAUUAUCGUUAUUAACAAAGAAAAUACAAUGUAUAACCUAUUCUCUCAGAAAAUAUCCACUCUUAUUUAAUACAUAUGAGUAAAUUAUGUAGGGGUAGACAUUGUUUAUAAAAAAUAUACAACACAUUUAGAAAAUUGAUUGCUAACCCGAUUGUGUUAUUUUUUCCGCAAUAAUUCCUACCUUCGUACCACAUGAAUCACCAAAGAGAGCAUUUUACUGUUAAAAUAACACCAGGUGUUUGUUGGAAAUACCAUUGUCUAAUCCAACAGUAAUAUAUUUCUUCAUCAGGUCUGGGGUAUUUGUGACAAACAAGAUGUGUAAUGAGAUAGUAACAUUUUAAAAAUUUAAUAUACAUAUAUUAUUUAAUAACAAUGCAUUAUCCAAAAUAACAGUAUAUUCUAGGAAUGUCAACAAAAUAACAAGAUUUUCUCACAACCCUUCAAUAACAAUUCGCAGCUUUGAGGCAAGAAACAUACAUGUGUACAAAUAUUGUGGUGAAACACCUGUUAUCUGGAACAUUGAUAAACAAUAAGUUCAUCUGAGGCUAGGCAUGGUUUGAUCUGUAGCUACUGAAAUAUAUAGCAUACAAAGCUUUCAUAGUCAUAACAGCCUUAGCCCUUGUGUCCAAUCUCUGCAACAUUUCUGCAUAAGAGGACAAAUAUAGCAUCAUAUCAAAAAGAUUUUUAAUCAUUACACGGUUUGUGAUUUAAUGCUAUCUGUAACAUUAUUUGCAGUAUUAUGAAAACUUUACUCUUAUAAUGAUUUCCUCUACCCCAAAUUUUUGAAAACAAAAACUUAUCUUCUCUAAAUACUUUUCAUUUUUUCCCUUAUUUUAUCGAAAUGGAGUAAGCUUCUCUUCUGUCUUUUCUGAUUAUGUACAAAACAUUCAAUUCUUCUUUUCUGCAUCAAGAGCUGAUUAGUUAAUGAAUAUCAUAAGUGAUAAAUAUGAUAAUGCAUAUAUAUAUACAGUUAAAAAUUGGACAAAUGUUCUACAGUGGGGACAAAAUACCCAUCUUCAACAUACA